AGCCGAACACGACGGGCGGCCAGUCGUAGCCGACCGGAAGUGUUGUACGCUGCCGCCACCGUCGCCAUAAUACCAUUCGGAGGUCCCGCGAGCAGCACGUGCCGCGAAGUCCGCGUGUUCACGAUCGUCUUCAGCGAGUGAUCACGAAAUGGUUGAAUUCAACUUCUUGACAUUAGUACUUUUGCUACUGGUGAUGACUACAGAUAACCUCGAAGGUUUGACGACAACCAAAUCUUUAUCACGUGAAAUAGAUAAUGCUAAACACGUUGAUGCAGUCUUGGGUGAUAAAGCUGAACUGCCAUGUAACGUUCAGACUAUCAAGAAUUCAACAGAAUCGCCGAUUUUAAUAAUUUGGUAUAGAGGACAAGACUAUCCCAUUUAUAGCGUUGAUCAGCGGGAUCAUACGGCAAGCAAACAUUGGUCGGCUCAUUCUAUGGAAGACAGAAUAUAUUACACAGAAAACAAAGGAUUUGCUGUAUUAAUAAUUGAGGACAUACGUACAACUGAUGGGGGUCAGUACAGGUGCCGAGAGGAUUUCAAGUACGCUCCGACGCGCAACAACUUUAUUUUACUCGAUAUUAUAAUACCGCCAAGCAGACUGGAAAUCUUAGACGACCAGAAUAACGUCGUUCAGAAUUCCACGUUGCCACCCGUCAUGGAAAACGGGGCAUUGGAAAUCACGUGUAAAGCUUACGAUGGAAACCCUUUACCACGUUUAAUGUGGAAUAUACGAGGAGAAAAUAUAGACAGUUCGUACGAAAUGAAGAUAGACGACAAUACAGUGGCCAAUGUGUUACGAAUUGAUCAUGUUCAUCGAGAAAAUCUCGGUAGAGAACUCAUUUGCGAAGCGUCCAACAUGCCAAAUACCAUUCAAGUAUCAACGUCAGUUACUAUGAAUGUUUAUCUGAAGCCAUUAAGCGUGGCUAUCACAGGAGCUGAACACCCUUUUCUCUCAGGAGAGCCAAGUAAUCUCGAUUGCAUUUCAUAUGGUUCAAGACCAGCAGCUAACAUCACAUGGUACCACAAUGGACAGAUCAUCGAGUAUGAAACAAAAAGGAUAAAGGUGGUGGGAAAUAAUAAUAUGACAUGGAGUACUCUAAGAUUAGUACCAACUGAUGACGAUAAUCAAAGUGUUAUAACGUGCGUGGCAAGCAACAUAUAUUUUCCAGCUGAUAAAAAAGAACAACAGAUAAUACUUAACGUUCAUUAUCCUCCAAGGCUACAAAUAUGUUUAGGCAGGAACCUGAAUGUGUCUAACAUUAAAGAAGGAUCAGAUGUGUACUUCGAAUGUACUAUCAACGCUUCACCGACCAUAACCAGACUUGAUUGGGAUCAUAAUGGAUCAAAUGUCGGACAGCACGAAAGCCGAAAGACAAUUGUGAGCAAUCAAACAUUAGUCUUACAAUCAAUAACACGAAAAGGUUCUGGAAGUUAUCGGUGCAUAGCCUCAAAUGCCAGAGGAAAAUCGAUAAGUGACGCCUAUCACCUUGACGUUAAAUACGAACCAUCUUGUAAAACUGAUCAGCAACGUGUAUACGGUGCACACAAAGGAGAAACUGCGUGGGUCAAGUGCGACGUCAAUAGCAAUCCUACUCCUACUUCGUUCCGUUGGGCUUUCAACAACUCCGUAUCUGGUUUGAUGAACGUAGCUAAUUCAGACAAGAGUAUGGCCGUCAUUAAGUUCAAAGUAUCAGAUUUUGGUACGCUUUUGUGCUGGGCAACAAACUCUUUAGCAACUCAAUCCCAACCUUGUGUCUAUCACAUUGUUCCAGCAGGUAAGCCAGAUCCACCUAGAAAUUGCUUGCCAGUAAACGUGACGAGUACUCGGUUCACAAUUCGAUGUGAACCCGGAUACGGCGGUGGUCUUCCGCAGCACUUUGCAUGCACAGUUGCCACGAUCGAUCGACCGGAUGUAGCCGAAGCCAGUUACGUUGGCCAAACCGGUCACGUUACUGUCAAAAUUACCGGGUUGCGACCGUCCACCCGAUACAUGACCACAGUGUACGCAAGCAACGCAAAAGGCUCAAGUAACGGCUAUAUACAAGUUUACGUCGAAACAGCUCCUAAUCCCAAGGACCCACGUGUAGCUGGAGAUUCCACCAGCACUGCUACGCGGUUUUCCGAAGCCGCACACAUAGGUAUCCUGUUUCUCGGAUGCUGCUUCGUGGGAGUGUGUGCAAUGGCCGUGGUGUACGCCAAACGGUUGGCGGCCAACGUCCGCGGACGAUCAGUAUUCCGUGAACGGCAAACUGUCAGGAUUCAAAACGGCGAAGAAAUUCGAUUUACAGGGUCCAAGGGUGUCGAAGAACGUCCAGUUGUCACAAACGAUGAAAGAGGAAUGCAAACAGGAUCAAAAGUCAAAAUCAAAAUUCAUGAAAAUUUGAAAAAUGGACAAUACAAAGAAAUUAAUUCAGAAUCGUCGUAUUCUGUACUAACUAUACAAAAUAUUAAUACUUCACGAGCAUCGCAGUUGGAAGGUCGUUUGAAUGAUAAAAACAAUGUCCGGUUAUUCACACCGACACCGCGAACGCAGAAUAGCAAUCAGCAAAAGAUAUGUGAAUCGUUCGUACACUAUCCAAACCGCAAGUCCAUCCCGAUGCAGGAUAUGGUUUACACCAGCACGGCCAAACCAUACGCUGAAGUAGAAAGCAUUGUAUAGAUUAACAUAGUUCAUUUUAGUGUUUCGGAGAGUGGAGUGAAAUGGAACGCGGCGACUUCCUGCCGGUGUUGCAGGUUCACGGGUUCGGGAGUAACGGUGGCGCAGCCAAUGGUGCGCCGGCGAUCAUAGAAACCCUGUGCAAGGAAGAAGGCCGUCCGCUAAGUCUGUUCAAAUGCCGCAUCAAUCUGUUCACCGAAUGGGUCCAGACGUGGUCUGAUGACGACAAACACAACUUCCUGAGUGGAAUUUUUCAGAGAGAUACGAACAGAAAGCUGUCGGCCAAGUGGUCAGAAGUUCCAAUUUUUCAAACACUGCAAUCAAUGUGGUAUCAAUAGGGAUGAAAAUCUCGAAGAAUUACCAGAAGAAACGAUUGAAAUGGGCCAUGCUCAUCGCAUAUUAUAAACUCUGUAAUUUUGAAUAAUAGAUAUUUCAUUAAAUGUUGAAAGGUUUUACUCGAACAUUCGUCAUUUUGGUAAUGGAUUCUUACAUAAUGGUUAUUUUAAAUUAAAUCAAAUUGUAAAAUAGAUUUUUACGACCUAUACAACGUUAUAUUAUAAUACAGAAUACUUGAUACAUUCCAAUCUAUAAUAUAUUUAAUAUUCGUGUAUAUAUAUUACUUCAAUAAUUUACUGUAUGCAUAUCGAUUUAUCAAAAAUUGUUACUACUUAUUUUGUAUUCAUGUACAAAUACCUUCCUAGAACCUUUUUAAUGAUUGUUAUCAUAUUUCAAGAACUGCCUAGUGAUUAUGAAUGUAAUCAUUUAAACUAUAUUAUAAAUGUCUAUAAAUGUAUUUU